AUGUGUGCAUAUUUUUUUAAAGUUAAUAUUUUGACCGCAUUAAUUAUACAAACUUUUAUUGUGAAUGCUAAUGCCUCCCAAAACAAGAGUUCGCAUCACACCAGACGACAAAAUGAAGAUAGUUUUUUUAAAACACAAAAGGCACCCUCCUACAGGUCAUUUCAACCGGUAUCCAUUAGAUACCAUAAAUCCAUCUAUCCUCGCGCUGAUGAUAGAUCAGAUUAUGAUAUAACCUCGUACGACACUGAAUACGGAGGCGUGGUAUCUAAUUUUACGUCUUCCAUUUACGACGAUAAUCCUCAGUUAUAUCCUAACCCCGAGUUUUUAUCUAGGAGUAAUCAGGUAAUAAGCAAAACUGCGGACAACAAAGUAGACACCGACAUAGAUUUACCAGACGACUCGCUAGCUGACGCGGAUCUGAAGGAACAUAACAUUAUAGAUAGCGUUACGUACUUGUACGGAUUUAAUAAUUGUCAUGGAGUUCGCAACGAAUGGAUGGUAUUGAUAUUUAUAACCAGUGGAAUAGCAGUCGUGUUGCUGUUAUCGGCGGUUAUGUGGCUAAUGUGGAGUGAGUAUGCUGCUGAGUUCCGGAAAAGCAGCAAGUUAUAUCCAAUCAAUAUCAACUUGUGCUGCUGUUUAGCAGCGUGCACCAUUAUUUACAUACAGGCGGUUAUGGGUGUGUCAUCCCCUUCACAAUGUGAGCGAAUAGCCCUACUAUUACACUACACUCACGUCUGUUGUGCUAUGUGGAUAGUGACAUUAGCUGCGGCAGUAGCGGAAUACUGUGCUUGUGACACUUUAUUACCCCUCAAGUAUAACUAUUUACUUGCAUACGGAGUACCAGCUAUCGUGGUCAUGUUCAACUACGCUCUUUCAAUGGAACACUACGAAGUAAAGCAUUACUGUUGGAUGUCCAUUGAAAAAGGAAUGGUCAUGGGUUUCAUGGUUCCAGCAAUGAUACUAAUUCUAAUCAACACAGCUAUAAUCAUUCUUGGUCUCCAAAGCGUAAACAAGAAACAAGCAGAAACUCUGACUGCGAAAAUACAAGAACUUGUUGAUCAUCAUAUAGCGAAUUGGCCUAAACAGGAUCAAACUGACGAUAAAAAUGGGAGUUUAGAUACUUUGGACAAUAUUUUUACGCCUGGCAGCAGUAGAAAGAAUACGGAUAGUUCAGAAACUCUAGACAAAGAUUAUAAUGUAAGUGAAGAUGAUUCUCAUUAUGUAAACUUGGCUGUACCAGAAGAAAAUGGUGAAAAUUGCAAUGACGCAAACCUAGCACAGUCAAAGAUUCUUCAAGAUAAAGGACUUUUGAAUAUGUUAUACAUGGACAAUGUGUCAUGGAAGUGGACUUUCAACACUGAAGGCAAUGAGUUAAAGGUCUAUUUGAACUUAUGUCUGGUUCUGGAGCCAUUCUUUGCGAUUAACUGGGUCAUGGGGGUGGUGGCAAUAGAGAAUGCAGCCCAUUGGUCUACGCCAACAAUCUAUUUGAUACUUGUUGUUACCAUGUACAUUUAUUUAACAACAACAAUAUGCACAACUCUGCCAAUAGUGAAGCCAAAGAAUACAGCACCAUGCUGUGAGGCAGUUAUAACUGAAACUACACUUCCUAGGAACAGGACCACCGACAGUAUUCCUUUACUGGACCCGACCAUCCAACAACCGAUUGUGACUCCAGCCCCUGCAGAUACCAUAAGUACCAUCAGUAUUUAA